AUGCGCGGUCUUCCCGGAGGCCUAAUGCGUAUGGAAGAGAGACAGACUAUCCGAACGGAACAAGCGCAGAAGCAGUUGGACCUUGCCUCCGACGCUGUUGCCUCCUUUGCCGGCUGCAUCACCACCCUGAGAAGGCAGAACCAUGCUCUUCCAAACUGUGACGCUAGACGACGUUUACCAUCUCUGCUACCCUUGCACGACCAGCUCGACUCCGGCAGGUCUCACCUCUUUGUCGGUAUGGUUUCUCACACAUACUCUACACCAGCUACUUCUUUUGGAGAUGACCCCAUCUUUGCUCGCACCCACUUCCUCGGCCGUGUCGCUUCGGACGGCUCGGGUCUCGAGUACCAGCAUGAGCUCCUGAAGCGACGCAGCAGUCGGCACAGCGACUUCAACCGCUGGAGCGCCCAUUGGCUUACACCCGUCACCCCCGUCACGCAGUACGACAGCGAUGAUUCCAGCGACACGGACGAUGAUGUGCAUGACCGCGCUGUCCAGUACAAAUCGACACCUGCCCACCAUGCUCGCGGCCGAUCAUCGACGCUCCCGCUGCCAGAGGCUCCGUCAUCUUAUACCCCUGUCGAAAUGGCUCGCGCUCGUUCCAUGACGGCGCCUCCGUCCUCUGCUUCCCCCUCCUCGUCGGAGAGCCGUGCUCUGCGCAGCUCGAGGGCUACCGUGGGCUCUGAGUCUAAACUCAUGCCCCUGCGUCCUCUCAGCAUCGACACGGCUCAACCGCUCCGACUUGCUCCGCUUAACCUCUCCACCGUGACCAGCGACGAACCAUCGCUUCAGAUCGAGGUGCCCUCGCCUCUAGCAGCUGUGGGUCCAUCUCCAAAGACAUGCAGCCCGCCCGUGGUGCGUAUCGAGUGCUCCGAGUCCGACGGCUCCUGUCACGGCGACGCUGGAGAUCAAGAUCCCGAGGCUCAACUUGCCGCCGGUAUCAUUCGUCUUCGCGAGCAGCGUCGUUCCUCUCCUUCAAAGUCACAGCGCCGCGUCGGCUCUAAGCGUCGCCAAUCCGCCAAUCCGCCUCGAUCCACGUCCAAAGCAGAGUCCAAGACCAUCGAUGACACCGACUCGGACGACGCUCAGUCUCGGAUCAUCCGAAACCACGGCGGUAACUUCGUGCUGCGAUUGGCCGAGAUGGUGCUCGACUUCGGAUCGUCCGCGCUCGAGAAGCUCGUCGUGCCAAGCAGCCAAGACUCGCUCGACGACGACAUGACGCGGGCUCAACACUCUCCGAUCGAGCCUCGUCGACGUUCCUCCACAACGCCUAAGGAGCUCUCGGCCGAGGCUGGCGAGCUUCUGCGUCGUCGCCGGGAACGGGUCGGCUCUCACACCUCUACCGAGUCGUCGGUCGACGCUCAUGCACGCGCACAGGCCGCUCUGACGCGGUCCUGGUCUGUUCCCAAGCUGCUCAGCCUGCCACUCUUCAACCCGUCAGCCUCACUCCGAGCUCUCUCUGCCUCCACAGCCUCAACGCCGUCCACUCCCUCGGCCCGUUCCUCGCACCUGCAUCCCGGCUUCGCGUUCACAAGCGCGUCCGACGAAUGGAGCAAACACGAAGAGCUCAACGGCUUUGACCACGUCGCUACGCGCCUCAGCCGACAAAGCACCGAUCUCUCUGCUCGCUCUUUCGAAGACAUUGAGAUCAGACCAGAGGCAGACGCCGUGUCUCCCCUCUGGAGGCAGUAA